GAACCAAGCUGUUUGAGUGAGUGGCACCUACUCGAGGGCACCUAAGCUGUUUCGGGGCGCUUCUGCAGGAGACUGCGCCAGCUCCAGCACCCAGUACGUAGCCCUCCAGCCGCGUUGGGCAAGGGCGGUUUCCGGAAGGUCACGCUCGCUGGAGCCCGGGGGCGCUGCGCUUGGCUGGUGGACGCUGGACCCUCUGGAUCACACUGGUUCCCAGAGAUAAUUCCGGAAGACUUCCAUAUUUGAAAGACAGCUGAUUGGCAACCUGAAUUUAAUCUGCAGCCUUAAGUCUCCUUUGCAAUAUUCAGAAGAUGGCAUCUUUGGCAGGAAUAUCAUCAAAAUCACACUGUGACUUCAGGGCACCUAUUUCAUGUUACAUGAUAUUGAUUUAUCACAUUAUUUAAAUUAUCUCGGUAUGGUGGCUUCUGCCAGGCUUUUCUGCUAAAAUCAUGGAAGCUGAUAAAGACAACAACAAACAAGUUCUUAAGGAACAUCAGACAAAUGAAGAAUUGAUGAAAGACGACCAAAAUGAGGGAUUAAUUGAUGAAAUUAUAAAGGAAAAUAUCCAUUUAAAGGAGGAGAUUCAAAAGCUUGAAGCCGAGUUACAAGAGGCCGCCGGAGUCUUCCAGAUUAAAGAGGAUAUUCCAGAGACAAAGAUAAAAUUCACAUCACUAGAGACUCCUGAGGAUGUUCGCCAGUUUUCAAACAUUUCCUAUUCAUUUGAAGUGAAAUCACAAGUGCCUUAUGAGCUACAAAAAGGACAAGCACUUAUCACCUUUGAAAAAGAAGAAGUUGCACAAAAUGUGUUACAAAUGGGGAAGCAUCGUGUGCAGAUGGAGGACGUGAUUCUGGAGGUUACAGCCAAUCCAGUUCCACUCAACACAGGAGUCAGAUUCCAGGUUCAUGUAGAAGUUUCUAAAAUGAAGAUCAGUGUUACUGAAAUUCCUGAUGAGUUGCCUGAAGAUCAGAUGAGAGACAAACUAGAGCUGAGCUUUUGCAAGUCCCGACUUGGAGGUGGAGAGGUGGAAAGCGUGGACUAUGAUAAGCGAUCCGGAAGUGCCGUCAUCACAUUUGUGGAAGCUGGAGUUGUUGACAAGAUAUUGAAAAAGAAAGAAUAUCCUCUUUACAUAAAUCAAAGCUGCCAUAGAGUUGUUGUUUCUCCAUACAUAGAAAGACACGUGAAAAAGUAUCAGGUAUUUUCAGGAAUAUCUAAGAGGACGGUGCUUCUGAAGGGAAUAGAGAACAUUCAGAUGGAAGAAGAAAUUGUGGAGGAUUUAAUUAACAUUCACUUUCAGCGGGAGAAGAAUGGAGGUGGAGAAGUAGAUGUGGUCAAGUGUUCUCUAGAUCAAUCUUACACCGCGUAUUUUGAAGAAUAAACUGAUGGAGUCAUAUGAAAAUUAUAGCUUUUAAUACAUAUCACUGUAAACAUUUGGCAAAAAUGAAUAUCCUUUCCUUUAAAAAUCAAAAAUUUUAAUUCUUUAGUGUCCAUUUCUUUUUAAAUAAAAAAUAUAUUUCCAA